GAUGCCACAUGUAGAAUAAAUGAGUUAGCAGUGACGCUUAAUCAACACCAACAACGGCGCACGAAAGAUAACGACGCACAGUUGAAAUAAAUUGUUUUGUUUUGCUGUGUUGUCAUUGUUUUUUAAUUAUUGAACCAUUUUAUCCGUUUGACAGAAGAACCGCCUCUAUGGCCCAAGGCAAGACUAACGACAAUGCCCAAGUGCACUUCAGGGCACUGUUGGAUUCCAGCCCCAGCCACAAGGAAGAGCUGUUACGACGAACACGUCAUUACCUUUUGAAGACACAGAACAUAUCAUCUUCCGAUAGUUUUGGCUUUAACGUUGAUGUAAGUGACAAGAUACCCGUUUUACGACAACUACCGGACACACGACCAGAUGACUGCAAGAAAACCGGAUACAACAUGUCCACCUUACCCACUGUAACCAUCGUGUCACCGAUGUAUAAUGAGGCUCUUUCAACACUUUUGCGCCACGUCCACUCACUUCUUGCCCGGACGCCAAAGGAACUUCUGAAAGAAAUAAUUAUUGUGGAUGACAAAAGUGAACACUCCUUUCUAGAUAAACGUCUUGACGAUUAUUUCAAGAUUCUCGAUUCAAGGGUAAAGGUCAUGAGAAAUAAUCAUCGGCAGGGUCUGUCACGGUCGAGGAUGAUAGGAGCUUCAGUAGCGGAAGGGGAGGUAAUCGUAUUCCUAGACAGCCACAUGGAGGUAAACGUAGGGUGGCUCGAGCCCUUGUUGGAACAGCUAGUGAAUGGUGGACCCGCCACGAUAGUACAACCCGAUGUUGUUUCUGUAGAUGCCAAAACAUUGAACUUCUCAGAAGAAAAGGAGACCACCUUUGUAGGUGGAUUUGGAUGGGAUUUACGAUACUCUUGGUUUUUCAAGCCCGACUAUUUACAGCAGGUUCUUAGGACCAUGGCAGAUCCGAUACCCACCCCUGUAUUGGUCGGGUGUGCCAUUGCGGUCUGGAGGGAACAUUUCAUGUCAACUGGCGGAUUCGAUCCUGAGCUGCAGAUCUGGGGUGGCGAGCACCUGGAACUCUCCUUCAAGACAUGGAUGACCGGAGGAAGAAUACUCACAGUUCCUUGCUCAAAGGUCGGACAUGUUUUCAAAUCCGGGCCGUUUCGCUUCCAGGAAGAUUUUCAAAACAUAUUACGUAAAAAUUUGAUGCGAGUAGCAGAGGUGUGGAUGGACGACUACAAGGAAAUAUUUCUCGCUACUCAGCGAUAUGAAGCAAUAAUGCCAGAAUUUACCGUAUCCGAUCUAGACUCUAUUAAAGAGAGAAAGCGUUUACGUCAGCGUCUAAGAUCAAAAAGUUUCAGAUGGUUCCUGAAGGUAAUAACACCUGACAUGAAAAUUCCAACUAAAGAUGCUGUUAAUUAUGGUGAGAUUGAAAACGCUUUAACCCAUUCAUGUAUAACGGCGACAUCUGGCGGUGUACUGACUCUCUCCUAUAGAUGCUUUCGACAUAGAAUCCUUCCUGAGAAUCAAUUCACUAUUGACAAAUAUGGCCAGUUUCUACAUGACGGAAAAUGCAUUGUUCCAACAACUGGGAAGUUGAUCUUAAGAGAAACUUUGUGUUCUUGUAACGCUAGUAAAGAAGGGCAGUGGCAACUGAAUCCAGGUCCUCUUGGGGGACACAUACAGUUUGGGAUUGCCAAAAAGCUGAUGUAUUGCGUGGUGCCGCAACAACUUGAUGGUAUGAUGGUGUUGACGCUAGAACGCUGCUCCCUAGUGCACGACAGGGACGACAGCUAUUGGGAAUUUCAGUAUCACCUACAGUAUAGUCAGGAUGACAGACAUCUUGGUUUUAUUACGACAUGACAUCGUAUUGUACCUAUGUUAACGUCUGUCAAACACAAAUAUACAAAACAAGAAAAUGAUUGUUAGUCUGAUGGAAGUUAAAAAUUAAUGUACAGUAAACUACGGUUAUAACGAACACGCUUAUAACGACCUGACGGAUAUAACGAACUACUUUUUUGGUCCCGACUAUUUGCUUAGGUUAUGCUGUAUAUAUGCUUAUAACGAACUACGGUUAAAACGAAAUAAAAUUAGUAGUCCCUUUGAGUUCGUUAUAACCGUACUUUACUGUAUAUGUUAAAAAUAUAAAAAAAUGGGCAUAUACACAAAUAGUUUAAUCCGUUGAUCGAGUGUUCGGAUUGUACUGAGUUUUGUCCUGGCAUUGUAGGCACUAUAUUAGUGUGUGUGGGUUCAUAAACACAUGGAAUCGUACAAUCGACUCUGCUUUUAGCAGAGAUAUCUUAUGGAAAUGAAAAGGGUUUUGUCGCUCUUAUUUUCAUCUAAGCGGUAAACGUCACUUUGGGAUUUCUUCCCACAUGAAACCUAUACAUCGCUACUUCACUCUCACUCACUCGGCGGUCGGGUAGCCUAGUGGUUAAAGCGUUCCUGGGUUCGAUUCCCGACAUGGGUGCAAUGUGUGAAGCCCAUUUCUGGUGUCCCCCCGCCGUGUAUUGCUGGAAUAUUGCUAAAAGCGGCGUAAAACUAUCCUCACUCACUCACUAGGGUUUAAGGCUGUGUUCAAGAUUAUGGCACCCAAAUCGUGACGAGCAUUCUAGUGCGUGUGUGGCUGUUUGUACCAGCCAGUCCGUAUUUAUGCUGGUGUUAUUGUGCAGGCCUACCUACUGAACUUGUAUACCCAUUACAUUACCCUGACUAACAUCUCUUAGUAUCUUUUGGUGUGAGUUUGUUUGUUGUUUAACGCCGCACUAUUCCAGCAACAUGACGGCGGUCUGUAAAUACUCGAGUUUCCACCAGACAAUCCAGUGAUUGAUAUCAGGAGCAUCAAACCACGCAAUUGCGAUACGAUGACGUGAUACAACCAAGUCAGCGAGCCUGACCUACCUAUCCCGCUAGUCGCCUCUUAUGUUAGAAACAUUCAACGACAUUCAAUUAUUCUAAUCUCAUGCUGACAAGCAAAGUCGCCUUUUACGGCAACCAUGGGUUGCUGAAGACAUAUUCUACCCCGGAACUUCUCGGGCGACCUGAUUACUUACAGACCGCCGCCACAUAGCUAGAAUAUUGCUGAGUUCGGCGUUAAACGACAAACGAACUAAAGCCUGGUUUCUCUGAUUCUUCGUCAAUCUUGGCAUGGCGCUAGUAUCGAGAUUGUUGGAUCCACAUUUCUGGGUGCCGUUUAUCAGAAAAGGCAAAAGGAAAUGCACGUCAUCAUUAAAUGUGGAUACAGACUAGCGUCAUAAACGAGAAAUAAGGUAAAUUUUGCUGUUCAGAAUAUUAACUGCUGUAGCAUACCUCUAACUCUCGGUACACUGUGUUUUUUGAAACUCCAGACUAACUGGUCUACCGAUGUGGAUCCACAGACCAUGUACCGUACAUAUCCUACUAUUUUCCCUUUCUAGCCCACAAAUCUUAUCAAAUCUUAAUUCCAAACGUUGCGUGUAUACCAGCACACUGUGAAACGUUUGCGUUUAUAUCACUUGAAUGCCAGGCAUCGAUACACUUGUAGUGGCUCUCUCUCUCUAUAUGCAUUUGUUAAUGCCCUGGUGCCCUAGAUAGAUUUGAUCCACAAUCUUAGCUCUCAACUGUGCUGGCACAACGAUGCGAUCCCUGAAUAUCAAGAGAUGAUUAUCGACUGAGACAUCAGUGCGUAUCUGGUGGUAUGCACGAACUUGUGAAGGUAGAUCACGGCCAUGGUGCCGUUGUACAAAGCGAUCUUAGCGCUAAUGUGCUCGUAACUCCAAUACCUUACGACAGUCGUAGGGGCGGUCGGGUAGCCUAGUGGUUAAAGCGUUCGCUCGUCACGCCG